CCCGUGUGUGGAUCGGCCUCCCCUGCCCGGAGCAUCACACCUGCCCUGCACCCCCGCUGAGGAGCUGAAUAGUGGAAUCGUCCACUUACCACAAAAUCGUUUUCCAUCUCUGUGAGAAGCAGGCACCAUGUUCCUCGAGCUGCUUUUAACCCUUGCAGUGGGGGCGCUGCUCUACCACUUCAUCUUUAAAAAGAAGAAGGAGACCUUGGAGAUGGGCGAUGGGUGGUGGGGCCCAGGGGUGCGACCAGACAACGAGGGCGAUGAAGAAAUCCACCCAUUCAAGAUUGAGACCACAGAGGAAGAAUUGAAGGAUUUAUUUGAUCGUAUUGACCAUACCCGAUACUCUGAGCCGCUGGAAGGCAGCCGCUUUAAUUAUGGCUUUAACUCCACCCAUCUCAGGAAGGUGGUUGCCUACUGGAGAAAUACCUUUAACUGGAGGAAACAGCUGGACAUCCUCAACAAGUUCCCACAUUUCAAAACCAAAAUUGAAGGGCUUGACAUCCACUUUAUUCACGUGAAGCCACCACACCUGCCCGGGGGUCGCACCGCCAUCCCCAUUAUAAUGGUUCACGGGUGGCCGGGAUCUUUCUACGAGUUCUACAAGAUCAUCCCGUUCCUGACGGAUCCAGGGAGCCACGGGUUGGACACUCAGUACAUCUUCGAGGUCAUCUGCCCUUCCAUUCCCGGCUACAGCUUCUCGGAGGCCUCCCACAAACAAGGAUGCGAAUCUGUGGCAGUUGCACGGAUCUUUUACAAACUAAUGCGACGGCUCGGCUUCCGGGAGUUCUACGCCCAGGGAGGAGACUGGGGAUCCUUGAUCUGCACAAACCUUGCCCAGAUCGCUCCAAACCAAGUGAAGGGACUGCACAUCAACAUGGCCGCCGCUUUCCCCACCAAACUGCCGCAGAUUCUGUCAGUUGUGCUGGGCCAGCGCUUCCCGGGGCUGUUUGGGCUGCAUGACGAGGAUGUUCGGCGGAUCUUCCCUUUCUUUAAGAAGGUGGUGUCCCAUGUAAUAAAGGAGAGCGGGUACAUGCACCUCCAGGCCACCAAGCCUGACACCGCAGGCUGCGGCCUAAAUAACUCCCCAGUUGGACUCGCUGCCUACAUCCUGGAGAAGUUCUCUACAUGGACCGACCCGGAUUUCCGCGAUCAUGAGGAUGGAGGACUUGAGAGGAAGUUCUCAUUGGACGACCUACUGACCAAUAUCAUGAUCUACUGGCUGAGCGGCUCCAUUGUUUCCUCAAUGAGAUUUUACAAGGAGGUUGUUGGCAAAGGUUUUGGCACAGCCAAACAUGACAGGGUGCAGGUAACUGUCCCCACAGGCGUCGCCUCCUUCCCCAACGAGCUGGUACAUUGCCCCCCAUUCUGGGCCAAGCAGAAAUACGUCAAUAUCAUCUCCUUUAAUUACAUGCCCCGGGGGGGCCACUUUGCGGCCUUUGAGGAGCCGGAGCUUCUUGCUAAGGAUGUCCAGCAGUUUGUAGGGAAAGUGGAGCAGAAAUAGUUCUGGUGUAUGUAGCGCCACCCCCAGGAACAAUAGGUGCAAGUUCUGAUAGUACCGACAAUCACAGCUUUAUAGAAUGUAUGUAGGCCAGGCCCAAUUAAUGUCCAGUAGGGAUCGGCUGGGGCCUCUGUGCUUCCUACAGAAAUAGUGACCCGCACUGCUGGGCCGCCCCCGCCGCCAUGUUUCCCCUGGUAAUUUGUGUCACUUGCAGGGGUACAAGGGUUAAACUCCCCCAUGUUCCCAAAUGAGCCUCUAAAGUGUAAAUAAUAGGAACCAGCAUCAGUACCAGUACCAGAAAUUCUGGAAAAAAUGGAAUUGGGUUAAUGAUAAUGCAUUUAACACCAAUAGUGUAUCACAGGCUGUCCCCAGACACCAUGCUGCCCUACUAUAUGCACUACUCAUAGCUACAGCCCCUCCCUCUUACACCAUUGCACUACUCAUAGCUACAGCCCCCUCCCUCUUACACCAUUGCACUACUCAUAGCUACAGCCCCCUCCCUCUUACACCAUUGCACUACUCAUAGCUACAGCCCCCUCCCUCUUACACCAUUGCACUACUCAUAGCUACAGCCCCUCCCUCUUACACAAUUGCACUACUCAUAGCUACAGCCCCUCCCUCUUACACCAUUGCACUACUCACAGCUACAGCCCCCCCCUUACACCGGCUUGCCUUACUAUAUGCACUACUCAUAGCUACAGCCCCUCCCCCUUACACCAUCUUGCCUUACUAUAUGCACUACUCAUAGCUACAGCCCCCCCCUUACACCGGCUUGCCUUACUAUAUGCACUACACAUAGCUACAGCCCCAUCCCCAAAGCUGGGCUUUGUGUCUUGUUAAACCCAGGGACCAAUUCACAAUCCCAAGUCUGCAUCAAGGUUCAGUGCCGCUCUACACAUUCCAGUGACCGUGGCCCCCAGGCACCCUGUCCAUUCCAUGACCGUGGCCCCCGGGCACCCUAUCCAUUCCAGUGACCGCGGCCCCCGGGCACCCUGUCCAUUCCAGUGACCGCGGCCCCCGGGCACCCUGUCCAUUCCAGUGACCGUGGCUCCCGGGCACCCUGUCCAUUUCAGUGACCGUGGCCCCCGGGCACCCUGUCCAUUCCAGUGACCGCGGCCCCCGGGCACCCUGUCCAUUCCAGUGACCGCGGCCCCCGGGCACCCUGUCCAUUCCAGUGACCGCGGCCCCCGGGCACCCUGUCCAUUCCAGUGACUGUGGCCCCCGGGCCCCUGUCCAAUUAGUUAAGUAAUUAGCAGUUCAUUUCGCUCUGUUUGUAUCUUCCAUAAUAAAAUAAAGGUUUGUAAUUACAGUAA